CUCAAAAAUAAAAUGUGGCCAAAGAAUUCCCUGUUCCUACGUAGGGACGUACCUACAAUUUUCCUCUCACUCUCUCGUACAACAUCCCAAAGCCCCCUUGGAGCCUCUUCCACUUCUCCACUUAUAGAAAUUCUGAAGAUUGCCACUUAAGAUAACUCAAUGUUUAUAGUUAGAAGCUUUGGAAAUGCACACAACCCUUCUCAGCACUCUUGAAAAAUUCGAUCACUAAGAUAAGGUCCUUUGAAGCAAAUGAUUCAUUGUAAGUAAUUUUGAACAGAGAACAAAUCAGAGAGUUCCCAUGGGAAAAGGCUUGAUUGAUGAGGUCUUUUCUUGGUCUUUAAGUGACAUUCUUGAUGAAGAGCUCUACAAAGAGAAGGUUGAGAAGAUCCCCGAUUCGUUUCAGGCAGUGGAUCAGUAUUUUGCGUCAUUUGUUUAUCCAUUACUGGAGGAAACUAGAGCGCAGCUGGCUUCAAGUCUGGAGAAGGUAUCCAGAGCACCUUACGCUCAAGUGACGUACUUUGAUAGUACCAAACAAAAUGGAAAACUUUAUUAUGAUAUUGAGGUUGAUUACUGGAGAAACAGAUGUGGAGUUGAUGGAGAAAGGUCUUACAGGACAUUUGCAGGAGAUUACUUUGUUUUUACAGAUGCUAAACCUGAAGCUGUUUCUGAUCUGCCACAGCUUGAAAGGGGAUGGGCGUUACUGUCUAAGAUUACAGAAAAUAAGAAUGGGGAUGGUCAUACUCUUACUUUUCUUCGAGUCCUAUCUUCUAAAGAGAUUCAAGUCAAGUUGUCAUCAGGGAGGCCUUUGUUCAUAGUUUUCUUGAUGAAUAUGAGGACAAAUGAAAGAAUAUGGAAUUCAUUGCAAAUGGGUGGAAAUAUGAAUGUUAUUAAGCAAAUCUUGUGCUCUCCCACUCAGCAGGAUGAGAAGAACUAUGCCCUAUGUCGUGCGCGAGGAAAUUGCCUUGUAUUUGAAGAAUAUAUUAGGACUUUGCCAUCUGAGCUGAAUAAGUCACAAAGGAAAGUGGUUGUUGACAUUCUUUAUAGAAUUGAAUGUAAUCACAGAUCUUUUGUGGAACUUAUUCUGGGCCCUCCAGGGACAGGAAAAACGAGAACGUUGAGUAUUUUCCUUUAUACUCUCUUAAGAAUGAAUCGUAGGAGUCUUGUCUGUGCCCCAACAGAUGUUGCAAUUGCAGAAUUGGCAUCUCGUGUUUUGAAGCUGGUAAAGGAGUCGUCUGAAGCAUCAUACUUAUUGGGCAGGAUUCUCUAUUUUGGUGAUCAAGGCUUGUCAGGAGUUAAUGCACACAUUGGAGAGAUAUAUAUGGAUCAUCAAGUUGAAACUCUGGAUAGUAGUUCACGAUUAUUGACUGCUUCCUUAAUAUUUUGUACUGCUUCGAGUUCUUAUGCACUACAUUCAGUUCUAGCAAAUAAACUGAACCUGUUAAUUGUUGAUGAGGCUGCACAGCUGAAAGAAUGUGAAUUAUCCAUACCAUUGCAACUGCCAGGUGUCAGGCAUAGUGUUCUUUUUGGUGAUCACUGUCAGCUAUCAGCAACGGUUACAAGCAAUGCUUCUGCUAGAGCUGGCUUUGGAAGAAGUUUGUUUGAAAGGUUGAUUUCAAUUGGUCAUUCAAAGCAUAUUCUGGAUAUGCAGUACAGAAUGCAUCCACUUAUCAGUUUGCUUCCUAAUUCAGAAUUCUAUGGCAACCAAAUUUUGGAUGCUCCAAAUGUUAAAAAUAAAAGAUACAAAAAGUGCAUUCGUCUGCUUCCAUUGUUUGGUCCGUACUCUUUCAUAAAUGUUUCUUGUGGAAGAGAGGAAAUGGAUAGCUUCACAUGUAGCUUUAAAAAUAUGGUUGAAGUUGCAAUGGUGACAAAAAUCAUCCGAAAAUUGUUUAAAGCAUGGGGCAAAUCAAAAGAGAUGCUUAGUGUUGGCAUAGUUGCUACCUACACUGCACAAGUCAUUGCAAUCAAGGAAAAAGUUGGACAGAAGUAUGAUAGCUUUGACAGAUUUUCACUGAAAGUGAGUACAAUUGAUGGAUUCCAGGGUGGAGAAGAAGAUGUAAUCAUAUUUUCUACUGUAAGAUCUAAUGCUAAAGGAUCAGUUGGGGACAUUUCCAACAGGCAGAGAACUAAUGUAGCAUUGACAAGGGCCAGAUGCUGCCUUUGGAUUGUGGGAGAUGGAAGAACUCUUUUUGAUAGUAACACUGUUUGGAAAUCGAUAGUCCAAGAUGCUAAGGAUCGUAAUUGUUUCUAUAAUGCUGAAGAAGAUGAGGAUUUGGCAGAUGUUGUGCUAGAGGUGAAGAAAGAAAUGGAUCAGCUUGAUGAUUUCCUCAAUGCUGAUAGUUUACUUUUCAAAAAUGCCAGAUGGAAGGUUCUAUUCAGUGACAACUUCAGAAAGUCAUUUGAAAAGUUGAAGUCUUCUGAAACAAAGAAGUUGAUUUUGAAUUUAUUACUGAGGCUUUCUUGUGGUUGGCGGCCAAAGAGGAGGAGUACAAACUUAGUUUGUGAUGACUUCUCCCAGAUGUUGAAACAAUUUAAGGUUAAAGAUCUGCACAUUAUUUGCUCAAUUGAUGUUGUGAAGGAUUCAUGCUACAUCCAAGUCUUGAAGGUGUGGGAUAUAUUGCCUCUGGAGGACAUACCAUUGUUGGUUGAUCAUCUUAGUACUAUAUUUCAGUCAUAUACUGAUGAAUUUAUCAAACGUUGCAAGGUGAAGUGUCUUGAGGGGGAUCUGGAAGUUCCUAAGAGUUGGAAUUCUUGUAUUUCCCGUUAUAAGAGAGAUUGUGUGCAGAGUGGGAAUAAUUCAAGUGCCUUUGUCGAGAGUUGCAAAUCAAGUGACAGUUUUCUGCUUAUGAAAUUCUACGCCUUGUCUGCUGGAGUUGUAAGUCACUUGCUUUCUGGUUGUGAUGGAAAUGAAAUUGAUUUCCUUUUUGAGCUAACAGAAGAAGAAAAGGACAUCAUCGAAUUCAGUGGAAGUUCCUUUAUACUAGGUAGAUCAGGUACAGGUAAAACCACUGUUUUAAUUAUGAAGUUAGUUCAAAAGGAGCAGCUUUACCAUUUAGCUGCAGAAGGGUUUCAUAAAGUUGAAAGCAAUUCUUCUGCAAGUAGUACUCUGAGGAAAGAUAAUGCUGGAAGUGAAGUUGAAAUCAAGGGAAAUAUUUUGCGGCAAAUCUUUGUUACUGUCAAUGUUAAGCUGUGUUAUGCUGUUAGACAAUACAUUUCACGCUUAAAAAGAUCAAUGUGUGGCUGCAAUUCUUCAGCUGAAGGCUUUCAGUCUAAUUUGGAUGAUAUUGAUGAGGCAUCACAAUUUUCAGACAUUCCAGAUUCUUUUUCUGAUAUCCCACGAAGUUCCUAUCCUCUUGUAAUAACAUUUAACAAAUUCUUAAUGAUGCUGGAUGGAACAGUUGGCAGGUCGUUUUUUGGAAGAUUACUUGAAUUUACGGGACUUUCUCAGGAAAAGAGAAAAGGUUCUAGAUCCAUGGCCUUAAAAACUUUUAUCAGGACAAAGGAGGUUCAUUAUGACAAGUUUUGUUCAGCUUACUGGCCCCAUUUCAGUAUACAGCUAACAAAGAAACUUGAUCCAUCCACAAUUUUUGCGGAGAUAGUUUCUCAUAUAAAAGGAGGUUCCUGUGUUGGUGUCCAAGAUGAUAAACUAAGUAGGGAGGAUUAUAUUUCCUAUUCUAGGCGUAGGUUAUCUCAUCUAAGUGAACAAGAAAGAGGUACGAUUUAUGAUAUUUUUAUUCAAUAUGAAAAGAAAAAGAAAACAAGAGGGGAGUUUGAUUUGUCUGACUUUGUAAUUGACCUUCAUCACCGGCUUGGAGAUGAGAACUAUGAGGGUGAGAAAAUGGACUUUGUGUAUGUUGAUGAAGUGCAGGAUUUGACAAUGAGACAAAUUUCCCUCUUCAAAUAUAUCUGCAGAAAUUUUGAGGAUGGGUUUGUUUUUUCUGGUGAUACAGCCCAAACCAUUGUAAGAGGGGUUGAUUUUAGGUUCAAAGAUAUAAAAGCUCUUUUUUAUAGAGAGUUCACAGCAUGUGAGAGAAAUGGGAAGGGACAAGUCUCUGAUAUCUUUAAUUUAAGCCAGAACUUCCGUUCCCAUGCUGGUGUUUUAAAGUUAGCUAAUAGUGUUCUUAACCUUCUUUAUCAUUUCUUUCCUUCCUCUGUUGAUAGAUUGCAACCUGAAACAAGUCUUGUAAAUGGGGAAGAACCAGUGUGGGUACAGAUGAGAAAUGGGGAGAACACAUUAUGCUCGUUUUUCAAAGGCAGUGGAAGCUUUGACCGUGGGAUUUUUGGUUUUGGAGCUGAACAAGUCAUUUUAGUGAGAGAUGACAGUCAUAGGAAUGAAGUUCUCAAUUAUGUGGGAAAGCAAGCACUUGUCUUGACAUUAACGGAGUGCAAAGGCCUAGAGUUUCAGGAUGUCUUGUUGUACAACUUUUUUAGCUCUUCUCCUCUGAAGGAUCAAUGGGAAGUUAUAUAUGGAUAUAUGAAAGAGCAAAAUUUGAUUGAUUCCCCUCUUCUAAAGUCCUUUCCAAUUUUCAAUGAGGGAAAGCACAUCUCCUUGUGUUUAGAGCUGAAGCAAUUAUAUGUGGCAAUCACUCGCACAAGGAAAAGGUUGUGGAUUUUUGAGAGUCGAUUUUGCUCUAUGUUUAACUACUGGGAGAAGCUACACCUUGUCCAAAUUCGUGAAUUAGAAUACAAUUUUCUACAGGAGAUUCAAGUUGCAAGCAGUCAAAGGGAGUGGAAAGCUCGUGGUAUGAAGUUCUUUUAUCAGCAAAACUAUGACAAGGCACGAUUUUGCUUUGAAAAGGCAGGAGAAUCUUAUUUGGAAAAGUGGGCAGUGGCUGCUGGUAGUGUUUCUACUGCUGACCAAAUGAGGGAUUCAAAUCCCAAAAUGGCAGACAUUCAUCUUACUGAGGCUGCUCAUAUUUAUGAGUCAAUUGGCAAAAACGAGUCUGCUGCCCUAUGUUUCUUUGAAUUACGUGAAUAUGAAAAAGCAGGUAUAAUUUACUUGGAGAAGUGUGGGGAAUCUAAGCUUGAAGAAGCCGGUGAAUGUUUUUAUAGUGCAGGAUGUUAUAAAAGAGCAGCUGAAAUAUAUGCUAGAUGCAACUUAUUCUCAAAGUGCUUGUCUGCUUGUGCUGAUGGGAAAUUAUUCGAAGUGGGAUAUGACUUUAUCCAAUUAUGGAAAGAGAAUAAAUUUCUAAUUGGGCAAGGGUUUCUUGAAAGUGAAGAACUUCAGAAGUUCCUGGAGAGAGGUGCACUUUAUUUUCAAAAGCUUCAGGAUUCCGAAUCCAUGAUGAAAUUUGUGAAAGAUUUUCAGUCUGAGAAUCUAAUGCGUACUUUCUUGAAAAGUGUAGAUUGCCUUGAUGAACUUGUGUUGUUGGAAAAGGAAAGGGGCAAUUUUUUAGAGGCAGCAAAUGUUGCAAACAUGAAAGGUGAUAUUUUGCUUGGAGUUGAUCUUCUACAGAUGGGAAGGAGAUUUAAAGAAGCAUCUGGGGUUAUCCUUUCCUAUGUGUUAUACAACUCUCUUUGGGUGCAUGGAAGCAAAGGCUGGCCCUUGAAGCAGUUUGAGAAAAAAGAGGAGCUUUUGAUAAAGGCUAAAACUUAUGCUGAGAAUGUUUCACAGCACUACCACAAUUUUGUUUGUAUUGAGGCAGACAUUUUAUCACAUGGAAAGAGCAGCUUAUUUACGAUGGAAAAAAAUUGGGGAGAUUCUGCAAGACAUGGAAGUUUCAGAGGUAAAAUUUUAGGUGCACGAAAAAUUCUCGAUGCUUACCUAUAUCAAGGUACACCACAGCAUGAGAAUGAGGUCUAUUUGGUUGAGGAUCUAAUAAAAUAUACACAAAACAAGAAAUCCAGGGAGAAAACUUCUGUUGGAGGUAUAGUUUACUACUGGAACUUUUGGAAAGAAGAGAUUGAGAACAUUUUGAGUUCUAUACAGGAUACGAAAGAAGAUUCUUACAGUGAAUUCUGUUUGAACUACUUUGGUGUAAGUAAGCAGUUGAAGAAUGAGAAGACACUGUAUCUUUUGCUUUAUCCUGAUGCAGAAUGGGUUAAGGGCGCUAAUCUUCGAAAUAUUAAGAGAGGGAAUUCAAUAUGGAUUGAUGCUGACCAGUUUGUUUGGUCUGCUAUACGUUACUGGUCAUCAGAAAUGCUUACUGUUGGUGUAAAGGUGCUUGAAAUUCUAGAAGCUUUUUAUGUGUUUUCAGUUGAUAAUGCUUUAUCCUUGAAUUGCAAAACCAUGCUUCUAAUUGAAAUCUUCAGGGUUUCAAAGUCUCUCAUUGAGUCAAAAUUCUUGAACCACAGAGACUCUAGUAACAUCCUGCAGAGAUUCCUUGAAAUUCCUAUUAAGAACUUCUUUGGACAUAUCUAUCCACUGGAUUGGCGAAUGCCAAUGACAAAAGAUAUGAUUUAUCUUAGAGAUACAGAGCUUUCGAGGAAUUUAUUGAGGGAAGUUGUCUACAGAAUCAUUCGCUCAAGGGCUAUUGCUAAUGGACAACUUGGAAUGCUAAUGACGAUUAUUUUGUCUGGAAAAUUUUCAACUAAUCUCUACAUGCAGAUUGCAACAACCCUUGGCGAUAAUAUAUCUUGGAAAGAGUUCAUUGAGAAUUUCAUCCAAACUAAAAGUAAUGAUAAUUCCAUUGAAGAUCCAAGUGAUUUUGAUUUGGUUGUGAAAUUCCAUAGAGCUUUAGCAGAUACUGAAUAUACAGACUUUUCACCAAGUGUAUUUUUGUACCUUGUGGAUCGCCUCCUUAUCCUGGUUUCCUACUUGAAAGGUUACUUCUUCACAACUAAGUCUUCUUUGGUUGAAUGGCUUAUGUCCAGGGGAUGGAACACUGAAACAAAUUUGGAUUAUUUAUCUGAUGUGCAAGUGCAACCAUUACUUGAAGAAACUGUCGGCUUUGUGGCCCACACAGUUAAUAAACUCAUUUGUAGUGAGCCUCUAAAAUGGAUCAAAAGGUACAAUCUGAAAAUGGAAUUCUACCCUCUUCUAGUGCUGAGAUUGUUUGUUGUGCUUUGUCUACUUUGCAUCAACUUUGAUGGGUAUUAUGAUUUGUUAUUCAAUUUGUUGGAUAAGAGAGAAGUUACCUCUUUGUUGCCAUGGAAGUUUUACAAGUCCCUGUGGAGGUUAAGGGAACAUGAGAAAGCACAUAUAAACAUUAAAGUUGUUUCAGAGGCACUAAAAGGUAUUGGAAACCCUCUUGUAGUUGUCAAUCUGGGAUUACAUUGUGCAGAAUUUUCAUUUCCAGGUGCAAUUUUUCUGCACUUGAAUGUUGAGCAAGGCAGAAAAUGCAUUCUGCAGAGAUUAUUUCUUAAGAAUGAUAUGUUUUCUUCCAACCGAGCUCGCUGUUCCAAGUUGGCAAGGAAAGACUCAUUUGGCGGAGGGAUUUCUUUGAAGAUAAAUCACCAAGAGAUUCCUUCAGCUUCAAGUUUUGUCACUACAUCUGACCCUGUGAAAGCACAACAGACUAAUAGGAACUUUUGGGCUAUGCUUGGAACAGUUGAAUUUAACCCACUGACUGAUGCUUCAUGGUUGAUGGAAAUGAUUUUAGAAUAUGUUCUCCUUGUAAAUGCUACAAUGCGAUGUUGCCGUCGGGGUAAUUGUUGUCACAGUAGUGGAAGUGCUGCUGGGAUGGUAAACAAAGUCCGUGAUGAAUUGCAGCAACUUUAUUCAGCAUUGGAUUCAAGUGAAUGGGAAGUUCAAGACAAUAGAAUAAUUCGAGACCUUUUGAAGAAGUUGCAGUUAAGAAGGAAAAGGAUGGAACCUCUUCUGGAUCAGCUACUGAUCUGUGAUAGUAACAAAAGAAAGGAACAUGCAGCACUGAAGACUAGCGUCAAAGAUGGUGAUAGUGGUACUGCUGAAAAAUCUAGCACUGGGGCUGAGGCUUCAAAUUCUACAAGUUGCUAGCAAUUACCUAAAGAAGGUAGUGUGGUUUCAAAUUUUUCAUAGUUGAAAGGUGUAUAUAUAGAAUUGGAUUGAACCCUUUGUUUUGGUGGUUGAUGAGCCAUUCCAGCAAUUAAAAUCCCUAGUAUUGGAUGUUUUA